UAACCUGUCAAACAACGAAUUUUAAGUUUGGUUUCGAAGUUGGUUUGUAUUGACUUAGUUCUUAGUUGUCUCAAGAUUCAGAACAGUAUAAUGUAAUACCUUCUAUUAUAGAUUGGUAUAUUCUAUACUGCUUUACGUCCUAUACUUAUUCUAUGAGCUUAUUUGGCAGCCAUCAAUAUCUAAAUGUUCCGUGUCUUACACUUAUAUUUUCUUUUCUGUUGCUACUUCUUCACUUUUACAUAUUGGCUUGCAUGUUAUUAGGUAAGUAAUACUAAAAUACUGCUAGCUGAUUUCUUCAUAUGCUUUUCGCAAGGUUUUUACAGUAAUAAAUAUACCACAAGCUUUAUCUUACAUUGUAUAUAAAUGGUAUAUAGUUUCUAUAUCCCAUUUAAACGCAUUACUCUAUUGUGCAAAGUUAUAAUGAUAAUAAAAUGAUGUAGCACAUCUUUACAGCUAUUUAGGUUCCUGCAUUAACUUUUCUGGCUAUGGCAUGACUAUGAAAAAUGUAUUUAUUUUUGAAUGAAUGAAUUCAGAAUAGUGCUGCGAAAAAGUUUUGAGGAUUUGCCUUGAGAAGUGACAGCGAUAAGUAUUAAUUACGAAGAAAAGUACUUCAAGAGUUAAUUAAAUCAAUUUUAGUUUCUGACGGAUCAUAGACUUGUUUAUACGGAACAAGUCAUAAUUUGCGCUGCAACUUCAAGAACUGGAGUCAUUGAGACAUAAUUUUCCUGAAUUAUAUACAAAAAUUAAUUGUGACAAAUUUUGUAUUAUGGUACCGAUUGUAAUGCCUCGGCGGCAAGCGACCUCUUAAUUUCAAACAAAUCGUUUAUUAGUGCUCGUAACUAUUAAAAGAUGGCGUUGUCAAUAUAUAAUGUCAAAAUUAAUUUAUUAAAAAUGACGUACAAUGUAUUAAAUUGUCUAUGUGUUUAUAAAAAUAAGGAAUGUUUUAUUCCUCAACGUUACAUAAUGGCAACAUUGGCUUGUUUGGCUUUAAUCGUGGCUUAUGGUCAAAGAAUUGUUUUAAAUUUUGCUAUAAAUGAAAUUGUGCCUAGAUCAGUUUCUGAUCAUAUUCAUUGUAGAGGAGUUAGGAAUAUAACGGAAGAAGGAUUAAUUGAAGGAGGAGCGAUGAAUUGGGGUCGACAUCAAAUAGCAUGGGUGUUGGGGUUUUUUUAUGUGGGUUACAUCGUUGGGCAUAUUCCAUUUGGACUUUACGUGGAUUGGUAUGGAUCUAGGCAAUUUUUUAGUACCGGAAUUUUAGUAUCAACGGUAAUGGUUAUAAGCCAACCAACCUUAAUUAAUUAUUUACCGGAACAAUGUCUUAUGGCAUCUAGAUUUGUAAUGGGGGUUGGUCAAUCGGCUUUAUUUCCGAGUAUCAGUGUUUUAAUUGCGCGAUGGAUACCGCCGGAAGAGAGAAGUUUAAUAGCUGGAUUUUCAUAUUCCGCGAAUGCUUUAGGAUUAACAAUCGGAAAUUUAGUAUCCGGGAAAGGAAUCGAGUAUCUAAAAAGUUGGCCGUUUGCGUUUUAUUUUUGGGGUAUGAUGGGAAUGUUUUGGUACGUACUUUUCAUACACUACGUUUUUUCCGGACCGGAAAGUCACCCGUUUAUAACCCCGAAUGAAAAAGCUUUUUUAAAUGAGAAAGUUAAAAGGUCUAACACGCGCUUAGAGAUUCCUUGGUCGAGUAUGAUGCGAGAUAGCACUUUAUGGGGAUUAAUUUUUGCGCAAAUUGGGCAUGAUUACUCCAUGUACACCCAAUUAUCAAGUUUACCGAGAUAUUUAACGAUUGUGCCAUACUACGAUCUUGGUAUGUGUUCCGUUAUGACGUCAGUACCUUAUAUAUUUCAAUGGCUUACAGGAAUAAUUUCAGGAAAAAUCGUUAAUUACUUGGUUAACGCAAAAAAAGUUAAAGUUGUUAAUUGCAGAAAGUUUUGUAGCACUUUAGCUAUUCUCAUCCCACCGAUCAUAAUGUUUUUUGUACCAUUUCGAGGGGAAUGUAACGCAACUAUCAUAAACAUCUUAUUGUGCUUAUUUUGCUUUUUCAAGGGUCCGAUUUCGGUUGGAGUUCAAGUUAAUCAUUUAGAUAUGACGAGGAAUUUUCCUGGAAUUGUUAACGCCAUCGUAAAUGCAAUGGGUGCCAUAACAGGAUUAACACCAAUAUUCAUUUCUUGGAUCGUUAUCGAUAACACUUUAAUCGAAUGGUUACAAAUGUAUGGAUUAGUUCUUGGAAUUGCCGUUAUUGGAAAUAUUGUGUACUUAUUUUCUUGCACCGCCGAUAGAAGACCUUGGGAUUUAAGUCCUACUGAAGUAGCAAAAUCUUAAAAACAACGUUGUUGAAUUUCGUACGAUUUUGUUGUGGUAGGUUCUGAAGCUCGAAAAGGUCUUUGACCGGGAGAGUUCCGGGUUCACCCAACUAAAGAGAUCGUCGAAGUUACCGCUUUGUUUCCCAUACAUCUUCUUGAUAAUGACAAAGUCUUUUGGGAUGGAUAUAAAAAAAAUAACACAUUUCGAGUGCGUACAGACAUUUCCCAAGAACUUGUGACGUAGCGAUGACGAGACCGUUCUUCCGGUGACGUCACAAGCGUUCUUAUCGUAGUAGUAGUAGUACGCGAGUCGAGAGCGUCGUCGUAGUAAAGGCGUGGCUACUGACGGUUACUGUUAAUACUGUGUCAAGAAAAGAAAAAUAAACGAAAUUAAAAUGAGUAAAACGUUAUUUCGAAACUGUUACUAUGUAUAUUUUUGAUAGUGGUGUUAGGGAAUCGAUAUUUUUGGGAGGGUGGAAAACCGUUAGGAAAGACACCCCAUCGAAAACAGGAGCUUUUGCAUCUGUCCAAAGCAGCUGGCUUUAAAAACCUCCAACAUGAAAUGCUAUUUUUGAAGCGUCCCCCGCUGUAAUGUUUACGUUACGUUUUGUUGUUGGCGUUGCCCGAAAUUAGCCUAAAAUAGCAUUAAAAUAAAUCCAGGAGGCCGCCAACGCAAAGAACUGGCGUCACUUUUUUUUUAAUCUUAUCUCAAAAAGCACAAACAUAACGUAGUAUAGUUUCGCCGAGAAAUAAUCAUUUUUUUUCCAUUCGAGUUCGUUGCCCUCUCUCUCGCAAUUACUUCGGAUUAACUGGGUCACUAUUAAAAAGGGGACGAGCAUCCCGGUUGAUUUUUUUUAUUAUUUCUACAACAGCGCACACCCACGGAAGCCCCGUAUUUUUUUUUUAAAUCUCGUUUGGUAGGCUUCUUGUGUAGUCAGUGCCGUUCGUACAAAUAUUUGAAUAGAAUGAGUGUACUUCGUCAACUCUUGUUGUUGCGUCACUCACUCGUUGGUUUACUUUUCAGUUUAGUUUCAUGCAAACAACGUAACCGAGAGAAGAAAGCUUUUUGAACGGUUAGCGGCUGUAUUUACACUGUACACGAAACGCAGGUAAAAUUUCUCACAUACAAAUAAGGUCAAAUUUAAAUAAUUUGAAGAACCAACACCUACACAUUAAUCAAAUAAAUCAUUUAAAAUCAUUUUACAUCAAUAAGUGUAACUAAUUUUUUAAGUACAACUUUGACUUUGAUGUUUUCUACCAUUAUAUACAUAAAAUGUAUUGGUUAUUUUUCAUUUUCUUUAUUUCCUGAUACACAUUUCACCGAGAUUAUUGAUUUUAGAUAAAUCGUUAUCUGAAUAUUCAUAAAAUUGUAAACAGUUUACAUUUUUUUUUGCAAUAUAUGAGUUAAAAAUCACAUUUGCGAUUUGUGGUAUUUAAGGUUGUUAACAUAAAUUAACAUUCAAUUCUUAACCAACCUCAAUUAGAAAUAACCUAGUUACUAGAACAACUUUUUGCUGACUUUACCGCUGAAAGCCAAGUUGUUGUAAUCUUUGUUGUUAAAACACGGCUACAAUUCUCAUUAAUGAUAUAUAAGAUGUGAAAAACUGCCAUAUAGUGUCAAAAAGUAUAUCCAUAACGAUUUAUUCACUAAUUAAGUUGAGGUCGCUUGCGGCCGAGGCGCUACAUCCAUAACAAAUCGAUACAAAACUACACAAUUUGAAAGAAAUUAUUUUAUAAUUAAGCCGAGCUAUAUCCAUACCAUAUCGAUACAAAUUUGCACGAUUUAUAAAGAUAUAUGCUUUAAUCAAGUCGAGGUCGCUUGCGGCCGAGGCUCCAUAUCAUAGCAAUACGUUGGUCGCAAGCAAUUUCGGCUUAAUUAGCAUAUAGUCCAUUAAAUAUCUCGGUAAACUUGAUAAUUGGGUGUAUUUGGAGUAAUCAUGCCUAAUUUGCACAAAAAUUAAUCCCUAUAAAGUCUGAACACGCAGCUAAACGACAAUGUUUCUAG